AUGGACAGCACAGUGGCAGAGCUCAAUGAGCUCUUUGCGGCCUCUUACCCCGAUGGCCUGUCCAAAGACAUCCUCGCCGAGCUCCAGUCGAUUCUGCGGGUGCAUUCGAUCACCGCGGAGGAGCUCUUCUACAAAUGGGAGUCUUACAGCAUGAAGAUGGGCGAGGAGGUGAAAUUGAAUUUAGACACAGCGCGCGCCUUUAAACAAGAUGUGCAGGAAGCGCUAGAGCGCGAGAGUCGAAGCAAAGCCGGCCGGCAGGCAGAGAAGAGGGCCGCGAUCACGGCAACCCCACGCGCCGCGGCGGGUGCUGAUGUAUUUGGGAUGUUGGACGAAUUGACGCCGAAUGCCUCAAACGGCCGACCUAUGAAUGGAUCCACGAAGCGCAAGGCCGAUUUCUCCUCGCCGGCUGGGCCAAAGAUUGGGAAGGUCGAGAAGACCGGAUCACCUAUGGGAGCAAAGACGCCUGGCGCCACCGCAAACGGAUCUGCCAACGGUGGGACACAGUCGGUUUCCUUUUCUCAACGGCCCAAUCCUGGACAGACACUGGAGACACUGAAUGCGCAUCUCCCGCUGUCCGAGGCACCAAUGGCACCAUUUUCCGAGGCGCGCAUUCGACCUACGGCAAACACAGAUCUCAAGAAAUUUGGAUACAAACCGAUGGGCAUGCGAUUAUCAGAAGCGUCGGAGAUUCUCGAUGAUCGGAUCGAUGAAUUCGCGGCGCUUUUCCAGAAAGAAUAUGACUCGGAUGACCUAACCUUUGGGAGCGCGGCCACCCAGAGCACCAGUGAAAUUAUUGCUAUUGGCCGAAUCGCCUCAGACAGCCUCGAGGGGAAAUUGAACCCUGCUUCUCUUGUUCUCGAGACAUCGCGACGAACUGGAGCCGGAAGACGAGUUCCGUUGAAAGUUGACUCGGUGCCCUCAGCAAACUUCUUCCCAGGUCAAAUUGUGGCUCUUCGGGGAAUCAAUCCUUCGGGCGACUACUUUACCGUCAAAGAGAUUCUUCCUGCGCCUCUGUUGCCACCUGCAGCGUCUUCGGCUGUCACGCUGGAUGGCAUCAACGAGCGCCUGGAGGGCGGCGACGCCAACCCGCCACUCAACGUGAUGGUAGCAGCGGGUCCGUUCACAGCAGACGACAACCUUGACUUCGAACCACUGCAGGAACUAUGCCAGAAGGCGGCCGACAGCUAUGCAGAUGGUUUGGUGUUGCUGGGCCCUUUCCUGGACAUCGAGCACCCACUCCUCGCAUCGGGUGACUUCGACCUGCCCGCCAUCAAGGGCCUCGACCCGGACACGGCGACUCUGGCCACCGUCUUCCGGCAUUUUAUUACAGCACCACUGUCGCGGCUUGCGACAGCUGUGCCAAGUAUCACUAUCGUAAUGGUGCCAUCUGUGCGCGACGCGCUCAGUCGCCAUGUAUCAUGGCCCCAAGAGCAGCUCCCUAAAAAAGAGCUGGGUCUACCCAAGCAGGUCCGCAUGGUCUCCAACCCAGCCACGUUGUCCUUCAACGAGUGCGUCAUCGGCAUGUGCUCGCACGACGUGCUUUCCGAUCUGCGCCGCGAAGAGGUCCUGCAUGGCCGGCCCGCCGAGGCUAACCUGCUCACCCGGCUUCCCAAGUAUCUUAUUGAACAGCGUCAUUUCUUCCCUUUGUUCCCCCCAACUGCACGGGCAAAUAUGCCCAAGCCAGGCACAGACACAGGCUUCGCCACGGGUGCGAUGCUGGAUCUGCCCUACAUGAAGCUGGGCGAGUGGUGGAAUGUUCGGCCGGAUGUGCUGAUCGCCCCUAGCAUGCUGCCGCCUUUUGUAAAGGUCGUGAACAGUGUGCUUGUCAUCAACCCCGGAACCCUGUCCAAACGACGCGCUGCGGGCUCCUACGCGCAGAUGGCCAUCCACCAGCGGGCGAUCCCCGACGAGGAGCGUGAGCAAAAGCAGCUGGGCCACAAGCUGUAUGAACGGUCUCGAGUAGACAUCAACCGGAUCUAG